AUGUCUGGUGAAGUAUUUUUCGAAUUCAAUGUCAAACCAGGGAAGAAGCGCAAAACACCGUCCGAAUCGGAUGAUAAUAAACAAAUGCAAAAUGGGGUCGAACAGCUGCCGGUGAGGACGCGAAGCGAACGGAAGAAACACCGCCGUAAGCUUGACGAGAACGUCUGGAAAAGAACGGACUACGCCACUGCCAGUGUUGAAAGGUACACAACAGAAAAACCGGAAACGGAAGACAUUGAGCUGACAUCCGAAGAAAACUCGCAAUCUGGAGAAGACCCAGCUGAGCGUAAAACGCGUAAAAAGCGCAAAAAGAAGGGUCCUCCUGAAGGUGUGACAGAAAUUCAUCACUGGGAUGUCAAACCGAUCAAAAAAACACGAGUAUUUCCAUCAGUGCAACCACCAGUACCACCGCGGCAUCCCAAAGGGGAGAGUGCAACGCCGGAAGAUGACCGAGAGGACACGAUUGAACUUGAUGAGGCACCGAUCGAAGAGGCAACUAUGGAACCAGACACGAAGACAGCGAAUCUGGAAGAUACAACAAAGACGGCCCGAUGCAAGGGCUCGAUGGAGAGCGACAUGCCCAAUGAAGAACAACAACCAGUGAAUUUUGAAACUGUAUACGGCCCACCGCAAAUAUCCUCCAGUGAAACUACUCCAGAUGUGGAACUACGUUAUUGGGGCGUACUUGCUCUAUUCAUAUUCUUAAUCAUCAUUUAUCGCAGUUUCCUACCGCCCGUCCAGUGUGAUACCGCUUUUACACAAUAG